AUGAAUUUUGCACCACAAAUAGAUAUUAAUCGACAAGAAAAUUUAUUUGAUUCACCGAAUUUGGUUCAUUUUAUUAACAAAACAUUAGAUUCACCGAACUAUCCACGUAUAGCCAUAACAAGAAAAUUAACAAAUAUGAACGAACAAAAACGGUCAACAUCAGGAGUUAUUCAAUUAAGUCUUAUCACAUCGGAUAAUCAUCUAUCAUUGAACAUUUUACAAGUCAAAGGUAUUCAGUCAUGUUCAUCAAGCAUUCUUGUUAAAAUGACACUUAUACCAGAUCGUAAACCAUUAGAAUGUCAUACUCGUGCUGUGUCAAACUUAAAUGGCUCAGGAAUAUUUAAUGAAAAAUUUACAUUUGAAAUAAAUAAUGAUGAUAUAAAUAAGCGUCUUUGUUUUUCCGUCUAUAACUAUGAACAAGGAAAAAAUCAAUUUCAUUUUCAAGGUUGUUUAUCAUUUGGCAUAAGAAAUACAUUAAAAAAGCAAAAAAUUCGUGGUUGGUUUUAUUUAUUACAAGAAGAUAUUGGCGAAUUACGUCAUAAACAAGUAUCGAAUCAUGAUGAAAAACACGUGACAAAAAUAAAUCGAGAUAUUGCGGAUUUAGAAGAACAUCAAUUUAUAAUUUCUCGUGGUUCAACUCAUUCAUUUGGUUUUACUGUUGUUGGUGAUAGUCCAACAUUCAUUGGAAAAGUUAGUGAAAAUAGUCCAGCUGCUCUAUGCGGACUUAAAUCAGGUGAUUAUAUUGUUAAAGUUAACGGCCAAAAUGUGUCACGUGCUCAACAAAGAACCGUAUCAAAUUUAAUCAAACAUGCAAAACAUUCAGUCACAUUAGAUAUUCAUCGUUAUCCAAGUGUACCAGUCAAUCGUGAAUUUUUUUCUUUAGUUUCUUCAACUGAUACAGUAUCAACUGAGAAUUCAUCAACAUGUAGUGAUUUAUCGAUACCCUGCUAUAACAGAAAUACCAUGUCUUCGUCAUUAUCAACAGCAUCCAACCGACAAUUUGUUGAUCUAGCUCAAUUAGGACAUUAUAUCGAACCUAAGCCAUUUAUUCGACAAACAACAAAUAAUACAGGAAAGCCAUUUUAUCAAGUGACAAAUUCAUCAGUGCUUGCCGUAAAAGGCUCACCAACGAAUACAUUUGUUUAA